AACCUUGGUUGCUACUCCCUUUUUCUGCCCUCAAUUAUGAAGAGCUGGCCAUUCAUUGACUUUGGCUAGAAAGAGGUAUUUCUCUUCAUUCUACCGGACUCAUAGUCAGACAAGAUCCCUUUCGGGCCAGGUCACAGUCAUCCAAUAUAUCAAAGGAGCGCCCGUAGCCUUGGAAGAGGGCUCACGUCUUCCGUACCGAACUCCGUGGUAUCAUAUACUGGAUGAGAUGAACAAGUGUUAUGUCUCAACGUGAUGCGACUAUCCAGCCCUUACCCGAAGAUGUAGUUGCAAAGAUCAAGUCCUCCAUUUCCAUCACCUCUCUGAACGGUGUCAUUCUAGAACUGGUCAAGAACUCGCUUGACGCAGAUGCCGGGACAAUCAAGAUCACUGUCGAUUAUCAGCGCGGCGGAUGCGUGGUAGAGGAUGAUGGCCAUGGUAUCCCUCCUCGGGAGUUUGAGCGAGAUGGGGGGCUUGGAAAAACAUACUGCACUUCGAAAUUUGAGUCAAAGAGACUGACAUAUGGCCAUAAAGGCAUGUUCCUUGCCUCGUUGGCGGCUCUCUCAUUACUGACUAUAACGUCUCGUCACGUUCCACAUGAGAGUACGAAUUCUAUCAUCUUCCACCAAGGGAAGCUUGUUGCUAGAUUACUACCAGCUCCUCCACAGCAGGAACUGGAGUUGAGUGACCAUGGCACCAGAGUCAAUGUUCACGACCUGUUUGGGAAUAUUCCUGUGCGUGUGAAAAGCCGAGCACUGGCUCUUCAGAAGCCAGAGGAGAUUGACAGGGAGUGGGAUAACUUGAGAAGGAUACUCACUGCUCUCAUGCUCGCAAAUGACAGAUCCACCAAGGUGUCUGUUUCUGAUGCAGUCGGAAACAGGAAGUUCAGCAUCCGAGGUCGGAGUUCCUCGGUUCUUCCUUCGGAACCUGCCACACCGAUGAUAGAUAUCGGACAGGUCACCUUCUUACUGAGAAAUGCCGGCUUCCUCACCUCUCAGAAUGGCGGCUCCUGGGCAUCAGUGUCUGCGAGCACUCCCGAGUUAUCUAUCCAAGCUGCUAUUUCGCUCGAACCGAGUCCAACGAAACAGGUGCAGUUCAUGUCACUGGGAAAGCAUCCGAUCUUUCCACGAAACAAUGCGAACGUCCUAUUCAAUGAAGUUAACAGGAUAUUCGGCUCAUCUGACUUUGGUAAUAUGGAAUCUUCAGUCAACAGCUCUUCUGAUAUGAUAAGACUGAGAAGCACCCAAAGGGAUACUCUACCAGGGUUCAAGUCGGCAAGCAAGACCGUGGCUCGGUGGCCCAUGUUCUAUAUACGAAUUGAUACACAAGAUGACGAUGGGCGUGUUGGCGAAGAAAGUGACAUUUUCACUUCUGAUAGUUCCCUGCAACAUAUGCUGGACGUGCUGAGUGCUAUGCUGCACCAGUUCUUACAGCAGCAUUGUCUUCGGCCAAGGUUUGGACGCCAAAAGAAAGAGGAGACUCAGGUAUCUUUUGAUACUGAGGACAAUGCCCAACAAACAUCUGGUCGGUCAAAAACUUCCUCAAAACAUAAAUUACCUCCCGGGAGAGAUCGAACACGCAGCAAAUUCGGCCACAGCACAGAAGAGUCCUUGGAUGACCGAAUAAUACUUCCAAAAUUCAGAAACAGACCUUCAUCAAGUACAUCUUUGUAUUUUAGCGGCUUGUCGAGGAUUAAAAGCGGGAAAGAGUGUACGCUUGAUGCUAUCUGUGCCGGCCUCCCUCGUGGCAAACUGUCAGCUCCUCCUGCGCUCUCUAAUUCUAAAAACCGCAUAUCUUCUGUUAAUGAAGAUAUUGCAAAUCAUGGUUCCUCUACUUUGCUGGGGUCAGAGUUUGCUGACGAUCCCUUACUCGAGAGUACUCCUCUUCAUCAUGAGACUAGUACAGUUGAUGGUACACAUGUAUGGGUGGACCCGGUCUCAAAGACUCGCGUUUUGAUAAAUUCGCGAACCGGGCAGGUUGUGCCUCCAGGCCAGUCCACGACUAAGCUGACACGGCCUAAGGAAAUUAUUUCUAGACCGCAUUCUGCCAGUUUUCUGCGGGACAGAAGCAACAACGCAGAGAUGAUCAAACGCCCAGCGUCGGCACUUCCAACUGUGGGCAGCGGUUGGUUAGAUGAUAUAAUGAAAAGGUGGAAUAAUCCAGUGUUGUCGCGAUGGGAGAGGCCGAUAACUGCAGUCGAUCCUGUUGCGAGCCGACAAGCGGAGAGAUCCUUUCUUGACAGAAGUCAUCACUGCUCAGCUUUCUCGGCACAGGCUGAAAGCUUUACACCAUUCAGGGGGAAGCUUUCCAAAAUUGCGCUUCAGAAGGCAGAAGUUAUAGCCCAGGUCGACUGCAAAUUUAUUCUUAUCAAGAUGACAACCGCAUCUGAUCUGGAGGUGUCGGGGAGCGUUUUGGCCAUAGUGGAUCAACAUGCAGCCGACGAAAGGUGCCGUAUUGAAAAACUCUUCGAAGAGAUUUUUCUACCGCCGGCCCUAACUGGCGGUAUUGGCCAGCAUGUUGAAGUGCACACAACGGAGCUGCUGCCACCAAUCGAAUUUGAAACAUCAGCAGUCGAAUUCAGGCUGUUCAGAAAAUACUCUGAAUUCUUUACUUCAUGGGGUUGCCAUUAUGAGCUUUCUAAAGUCCCGGAGACGAAAGGCGGUAAAGUCUCCCUGACUGCACUUCCAACUGGUAUUGUGGAACGCUGCAGAAUGGAAUCUACUUUAGCUAUAGAUAUGCUACGAGGAGAAAUCUGGAAGCGUGAGGAGACCGGCAAGAAUAUUCCCGGGAUCAUUACGAGGACAUCGUCCGCUGAACAGUUGAGACAACAAAAGGAUGCCAUUUCCCCGCCGUCAGAUCAGGAUGAGACGCUGGCGGAUGAGAAGUCAUCAUUCUGGGUUGACCAUAUCGCCGACUGCCCUCAAGGGAUAAUUGACCUUCUCAAUUCUCGAGCCUGCAGGAGUGCGAUCAUGUUUAAUGACCCGCUGACUCUUGGUGAAUCCAGAAAUCUAGUCUCCCGCCUUUCUCGGUGUGCUUUUCCUUUCCAAUGCGCACAUGGACGGCCGACUAUGAUACCCAUAAUGGAUCUUGGAUUGCAAAAUUCAACAGAGGAUGAGCCUGGGUCGACCAACCCUGGCAGUGAUAACUUCAGGGCUAAAGAAAACAGCAUUGAUUCAAUAGAGGGACUUGGCUUCGCAGAUGCAUUCAAAGCUUGGAGACAUACAGUGCACUAGUCUCGAAUCAGGUUUUCAUUUUUACUUUGGACAUCAUUUUGAUAUUUCUGGAUAUAGAUUAUGCAAUGCCGUAAGUGGGCGGUGAUAAUCAAAGUUCAUGCAUAGAACAAUACAAUGCAAUACCCUGGAGCGUGACUCACCUGCAUUGAUCCCCGUGAACAACUAUAUAACUCAACAUACUUUAGAAUGUGACUCGCGUUCC